AUGGAGCUGUGCGCAAGAUGCAGCUCCAUCACCCUCUGCGCUCUGAGGCAAGACUUGCCUGCCAGCUUGGCGUCUCGAUCGGGGUCCAAGCAGGGCAUGGUGUUGCGUGAAGAUGGCUCUACCCUGGCCCGGUCGGCAACAGAUUGCCGAUUGUGUGCCCUCAUUCAAGAGGCACUCUCCAGCAGCCUCCAAAGCUCCGUCAGCCAGGACGAUCCACAGGUGAUGCUUUCGUUAGCUCCGGAUGCUGUCGUUCUCGAGCCAAAAUCAGACUCCCAGGGAUCGACCUUUCCUGACCCUCCAACCGGGGGCUCGCAUCUGACGGGGUUCAAUGUCACUGCAACCGAGUUAAUUACUGGGCAGCCGCUACAAGCCAAGAUCCGGCUCUACACACACGGGCAACGGAGCAUCAUUGAUGAGUCUCAGCUUCCACAACUACCAAGCAGGGUCAUUCAGGUUUCUGGGAGCAGCGUCAGACUGCUGCCGUCAGGAGGCCGUCGUGGAAGAUAUGCGGCCUUGAGCCAUUGCUGGGGCUCUUCUGGGAGACCGCCCUUGAAGACAACUCAGGCAAACCUCCAGAAGCAUCUUCAAGACAUUCCCUGGGCUUCGAUUCCAAAGACGUUUCAAGACGCGAUAACUGUUGCUCGCAGUAUAGGUCUCGCCUAUGUCUGGAUCGAUUCGCUCUGUAUUGUGCAAGAUGACCAUCAAGACUGGUUGAAGGAAUCAAAGCGCAUGGGCUCUAUAUACGAGCAGGCUGAGCUCACUAUCGCUGCGUCUCAUACCCCGGGCUGUUGGGAAGGAUUCCUCUUCCCUCGCCGUCCACCGCCUCCAUCCGUAGAGAUUCCCAGCUUCUUCUCUCAGGACACUGAUGUAUCUGAUGCGCCCAGGAUACAAGUUUUUGCCACUGUCCGGCGGGAUACUGCGGCCAACACCUUUCCAGAAUUUGGUACACUCAACAGUCGCGCCUGGGCUACUCAGGAAUGGCUUCUGUCUAGGCGCAUAGUUUUCUUCACCAAGGGGGCUAUCAUCUGGUCGUGCAAAGCCAUCACACAGCGCGAGACUGGUGAGAGAUGCUAUAGUAUAUCACGGAAUACACGCUGGAAGAACAUCAUAGAACAGUACAGCGAUCGCCAGUUGACCUAUGCAACGGACAGGUUGAUUGCGCUCGAGGGCCUGCGAAUGGAACUGGGAAAGAAGAUUGCGUGUGAAUACGCCUUUGGUGUCUGGAAGGAGUCUCUCCCCAACCAAUUGCUCUGGCAAGUGACCAAGAGGAUAGAUGGAGCAGCCAUUUCAGAUCCUCUCAAGUUGCCAACCUGGACAUGGGCACAUGUUCCGUGCGGCGUGCGGUUUUUAGCCAUUGACAAAGCCAAAAAUCUGUGUAGCUCAGUUGCUUUGGAAGAUAACAACCUGAAGCGACUGAGUCUCCAAGCUCGAGCGAAACGCAUUUCAGUUGUCACAACAGCCUUGGGCUCAAAGCAAGGGGAUGCCGUUACCGAGGCCAUCUACGCGGAUAUCAACACAUCUCAUGCCAAGUUGACCAGCUCCAUGGCCAAAUUCAUACUGGCCCAAGAUGGCUCUCCCAUUGGAUGGGCCGUCUUCGAUCUCGCCUCGGAAGAUAUCACCUCUGGAGAAAUCCUGGCUGUCGCUCUCAUGGGCAGCAUUAGCCGGCGAGACGAGGAAGCCGAGCGACGCCUUGGAAAGACCGUCUCAAAGAAGCUUCGACACUAUUGGGUGCUGAUAAUACGGCAAAGGAGUGAUGGUAGAUAUCAUAGAAUAGGAGUAGGAAAGACGUAUGGGCAAAAGUGGUGGCAAGACGCCGCUGUUGGGACUUUUAAUUUGGUAUAG